AUGGCAGAAUUUGUUGCUUUGUUGCAAACAGAGAUCCCAGAGGGGAGAAAUCAUCUCACAGACAGCCACACCAACCUGGAACGUGUUGCAGAAUACUGUGAAGCCAACUACUUUCAGUCUGAAAAUAAACGACUAGCACUAGAGAGUACUAAAAACUACACCACACAGUCUUUGGCUAGUGUAGCAUAUCAGAUUAACACAUUAGCAUACAACUUUAUUCGCUUAUUAGAGCUACAGACCAUGCAGCUUGCAGAAAUGGAAGGACAGAUGAAUCAUAUUGCCCAAACAGUGGCCAUUCAUAAGGAGAAGGUGGCUCGUAGGGAAAUUGGAGUAUUGACUGCUAACAAAGUGACCAAUAGACAAUAUAAGAUUAUAGCCCCUGCUAAUCCUGAGAAACCAAUCAAAUAUGUGAGGAAGACUAUUGAUUAUACAGCUCUAGAUGACAUAGGACAUGGCGCUCGAUGGAGCAGUGGCGCAUGCGGAACUCCACGCGGCCGGCGCUCGAGUUCUGCCCCCAGUGCGGCGCCACUGCCUGCCCCUACCACCAAACCUCCAACCCCUCCUGCUGCAGUGAGAGCAGCAUCAGGUGCUAACACUGGCACAUUAGGACGAGGCACUCUUGGCAAGUCAUCUCGCGAGUACCGCACGCCGCCGGCUGUGGCACCGCCACAGGUGCCUUCGCACUACGCACCCAACUACCCGCGUCGCCCUCCUGGCUACUCUACGUUGCCUGUCACUCAGCCACAGGUUGGCAUGGUACAUCCGAAUCAACACCAAUCGCCAUCAAACUACUCUCAGCAGGAUAUGCAUUCCAGCAUGCCGCCUCCACCGUCGCCUUUAAUUGGAUCUGAUGGUGAACAUAGUCAGCACUCUAUGAGUCUCCCUGGACAACGAGUAUCAUCUUCGUCUGCAAGCGCCCGCGGAGGGUCAGUGUCUCCGCCACUGCCGCCACCGCCAAUGGAAGACGAGCUCGCACAUGACGCUUUUGGACGUUCUCAUCUUGGAAGCGUCUCCGAUUAUUCACAAAACAAAAUGGGCGCACAGUACACCAGCGCCGUGCCAGCCAUUGUGCCUGACGAAGAGGACUUGCCCGGAUGGGUGCCCAAGAAUUACAUCGAGAAAGUGGUUGCAAUCUACGACUACUAUGCAGAUAAAGAGGACGAGUUGUCUUUCCAAGAGAGCUCAGUGAUUUAUGUGCUGAAGAAAAACGAUGACGGCUGGUGGGAAGGUGUUAUGGACGGAGUCACUGGUCUAUUCCCAGGAAACUAUGUCGAACCCUGCGUAUAAAGUAGGCCUUAAAAAAGCUGAUUUCAGUUGUAUGUACGGCCCGCGCAGUUGGUAAAGCAGUGGCACAGCUACCUUUGGGUAAACUGAAAUAGUACCCAGAGCGCAUUUGGGAAAUCAUAAUUGCUGCAGGGUCUUGGACAGCAAAAAUAUAACACGAGGAGGUCAUUCUGCCGCUGGCGACGAAACAGUAAAAAUUAAACGAUGAUAUGAAAUAAAUACAUUAAUUUUAACAACUGCAUCUACGCUGCUUAUUAUCAAUUCAGACCGAACGUGAGCCUUUUAUUGUACUAUCCACCAUACAGAAGCAAACUGUAGACUAAAUAAUAUAUGCAUUUGAUUAUGAAUGACAGAAAUUAUAAGUAUGUUGCUUUCAGCAAUGUUGAUUUACGUAAGUGUAAAAUGUAUUGUUAUAUAAUAAUCUAGAACACUAUGUAAUUCCAUUCUAAUAGUUUAAGUUCAUAAUACAAUUUUUUAAAUAAAAUUUAUUGUACUCAUGGAGUAGGUUUUAUAUGUAGAUUAUUAUAAACUC